UCAACAAUUUGUCGCACCCACACCGUCAUCCCGUCCGGCCAAACCCAACGGCCACGAUCCGCCGUCCUGAUCGAAUCCGUCGCCCAGGAAUGCCGUGUUGAAAAGCUCUGAGGAUUCAAAACAAGAAGAGGAACGAGGGACGCGCCGCUUUAUCGUUAAUCGUCACUGUCAAAGUCCGUGACUCCUCUGUUCGAUACAUUUUUCUGUCUCUCUCUCCUCGAUCGACGUUAUCGAGCCCGUUGUUGCUCGCGGCGGACACCCUCUGGCGGAUUGCUUCUAUUGCAAGUUCUUUUCCUCUGUUGAUUAUAUUCAGUUUCUUGGUCACGUCUAAAACUAAUGAUCAUGUAUGACCAAGAUCCUGAUGUUCUUCGAUGGGGACUUCAUCUUCUUCAAGGUGAUUUGUCAAAUACUGCAUAUAGCGAAGCGACAAUUCAGAGUGAUGCCAACAUUUACCAAGCAGAGUACAGCCGUGAAAACAGUGUUGCUAUUGAUUGCACUAUUGUGGAAAAUGAUGAAAUUAUUGCUCAUGCUCUUCAAGAAGAACUUUCACAAGUUGCACUUGCAGAAGCACGUGGAACAUCUCCUGCUGGUGAAGAACAUAUGCAAGCAUCAGUCCUUGCUCAAGAUUGGCUUGGUCCAGCAGUGAGAAAUUCGAAUUCAGUGAGUGUCCUUGUAGAGAAUGAGGGUACGGCUGAAGCGGUCAAUGCUGUGGAACUGUCUACCUUUUCUUCUAGCCAACUUGAGAAUAUAUCUGAAGGCCAAAGUUGGUCAUUGGAACUUACUGAUGACUUCUCUUCUCUGGAUGGUGAAGUAGGGAAGAGAUUGGACAAAAUGGUUCCCGUUCCUCAUGUUCCUAGAAUUAAUGGAGAAAUUCCAUCUCUUGAUGAAGCUACGUCAGACCAUGAAAGACUUCUUGAGAGGUUGAAGCUAUAUGAGUUGGUUGAACUAAAGGUUCAAGGAGAUGGUAACUGCCAGUUUCGAUCACUAUCCGAUCAAUUCUAUCGUUCUACCGAACAUCACAACUUUGUAAGACAGCAAGUUGUCGACCAGCUUAAGUCCCACCCUGAUAUAUAUGAAGGAUAUGUUCCCAUGGCUUAUGAAGAAUAUUUAAGAAAGAUGUCCAAAAGUGGAGAAUGGGGUGACCAUGUGACCUUGCAAGCUGCUGCAGAUUCGUAUGGUGUCAAGAUAUUUGUCCUAACAUCAUUCAAGGACACCUGCUACAUUGAGAUCAUGCCUAUUGAUCAGAAGUCUAAACGAGUUAUUUUCUUGAGUUUCUGGGCUGAGGUGCACUACAACUCGAUUUAUCCUGAAGGAGAGUUACCUGCUCCUGAAACCAAGAGGAAGAAAGGUUGGUGGCAUUUUGGACACAAGCAUUAAGGGGAUUUACCUGCUAACUCUUUCUGAGUUAUUUCAAUCUUCUUCCAAGAUUAACAAUUUCAAAGCAGAUUUUAUACAAACUGUUCACUUAUUUUGACUCUCUCAGAUCCUUCUCUGUAGAACUGGUGAGCUCCAGGCUGCGGUCUAUUGGGAAGUGUUUCAUAGUGAUCUUUUCUUCAAUCUCACACAGUCUUGUAUAUAACUCUGUAUAUAUUUUCUUAUAGCAACUCUUCAUCUUCCUUUGAAUUUUUUUUUUUCAGAAGCAUGGCCUCUAUUAUUGGCCUGUUUCGUUUGUUUUACAAUUUUCUUCUUUGGUAAUUGAAAUUUAUUUGAAUUGCU